UCUCAGUGUCCUCGCUGACCUCGCGCGAAUCCCACGUGGGUCCUCGGUCAUGGCCAGCUGGGUGUUCUGUAAUCGCUGUUUCCAGCCGCCGCACAGGAAGUCGUCCUUCAGCCUGACCAGCUGUGGGCACGUGUUCUGCGACUCCUGCCUCCUGAAAGGUAAAAAGAAUGAAUGCAUGAUCUGUGAAGUCCCUUGUCAGACAAUUUUACUCUCAAAACAUACUAACUCCAAUAUCCAGACAUUCUUUCUGGACAUAGAUGGUCUGUGCAAGAAGUAUUCCCAGGAGACCUCUCAGAUUUCGGAAUUUCAAGAAAAACACAGGAGGAGGUUAGUGACUUUCUACCGAGAAAAGAUUUCUCAGUUGGAAGAGUCCCUCAGAAAGUCAGUACUACAAAUCAAGCAACUACAAAGUAUGAGGUCAUCACAACAACCAGCUUUCAACACAAUCAAAAAUUCAGUUUCAACAAAGCCAAAUGGAUAUAUCUUUCUACCACCCAACUCUUCACUCCCUGACAGAAUAGAGUCGAUGGAUAUUGACCUGACUUCUCCAGCAAGAAAGCCUGAAACAGCAGCAGGCCCUUCAAGAAUUUCUCUGAUUAGUCCGCCUCAGGAUGGACGCAUGGGCAGUGUCUCCUGCCGGGGACCCCAGCAUCUCAGCUUGACACCCAGCCAUGCAAGUACAGCAAAGGCUAUCAGAGUCCCACCAUUGCAGGUGCCCUACAAGGAACUGUCACCACUUCCAGCAUCACAGCUAUCCAGCAGAGCAACACAAGCUCCUUCCCCCAGCAUUAGCAGUUCAUGGACAGGACCACCUCGGCAGCCCAUCAGUAUCUCAGGCCUGCUGCAGAGACAGAGUGCAGGGUCAGCGUCCCCUAGGGGGAUGAACACUGAGAAGAUGAGCCCAUUCAUGCCUUCCACACCUGCAAAUCUACGCUCUGUAGCCAGCCCCUGGCAAGUGUGCGUUCAUCGGUAAAUAUCACUGUACAGUUCAUUCUAGAGAGAUGAUGUAACUAAAUAA